AGAAAACCCUAGCCCUCCAAACUUCUGUCUUUCCUUCCAUCGCCGACCCACUUUUCAGCGGCGCCGCACACAUCCUCAAGUUAACGCGCUCAAGUAUUUAGGUAAGAGCGUCUGAAUCAGAUCUUACAACGUUUGAAAAUACGAGCUGACCUACAUCCUGAAGAACGAGGUGGUCGGAUUUACCUCCCCCUUGCUCCGCACACAUUGUCAAGAUUUGAGAAGAGAUUAUUUUGUUCAAGGUUAUACAAGGUAAAGUUGCCUGAUGGAUGCAGUUCUGACAUUUCAAAUUGCAUGUCAUUAAGUGAAUGCAAAGUCAUGGGGUUGAAGUCUCAUGAUUGUCAUGUGUUGAUGCAACAACUCGUACCUGUAGCGCUGAAAGGCUUACUCCUAAAGGGUCCAAGACAUGCGGUUAACAGACUAUGUCUAUAUUUUAAAAGACUUUGUCAGCGUGUACUUGUUAGGGAAGUUUUGCUAGAGCUUGAAACAGAUGUAGUAGACAUUCUGUCCCUUCUUGAAAGGUACUUUCCACCUUCCUUUUUCGAUGUAAUGAUACAUUUGGUUAUCCAUUUGGUUCGUGAAGCUCGCAUAUGUGGACCUGUUCAAUUUCAUUGGAUGUACCCAUCUGAACGGUAAAUUACUUUCCUUUCUAUAUGUUGGUGAUAGUUGUGGUCAUCUUUUUAAUCAAUAUGUUGAAUUUAGAUAUAUGAAGACAUUGAAAGGAUACGUACGGAACAAAGCACGACUAGAAGGGUGUAUUGCAACGUGCUACUUAGCUGAUGAGUGUGUUAACUUUUCAAAAAACUAUUUUAAAUAAUCAGUUGAUGUGGCUAACAAUGAACAUUGUAAUUUAGAAUACGUUAAUGAUAUCAUUCUAGAGGGUCGUCCUAUAUCAUCUGGAACAUCAAUCAAACUAUCUGCUGAUGAACUUGAGAAUGCACAUCGUUAUGUCUUAUUCAACACGGCAGAGGUGGAAUCGUUUAUUGACUGAGUCAGUUUAGCUAAUGUAUAUUAACUAAGUUUAAUACAAAAUCAUUAUUUAUUGGUUGUUUCUUUGGUUAGGAUGCAUAUGAAUGAGCUCAUGGUCUCAGAUAGAAGACUAAUAAAAGAUUCUAGUCUGCUUUGGAAAAUCCACUCUGAACAAUUUCCCUCGUGGUUGAAAGCUAAGGUUGUAUAUUACCUUAUUUAGUCAAGUGUUCUAUCUUACAAUGUAUUAUUAAAAUAUAACACAAUUUAAUUAACAAAUAAGUAUGUUUCAUCUUACCAGAUUGAAUUAGAUUCAUUUUCUACAAAUUACUUUGAUUUGUUGAAAUGGCUUGCAAAUGGACCAAGAAAAAUUGCAAUGUCCUACACUGGAUACAUUAUAAAUGGACAACGAUUUCACAUAAAGAGUAUGGAACGAUCAACUCAAAAUAGUGGUGUUUCCAUAGAUGCAACUACAUUAUGUAGGUCCAGUGCUAAAGAUAGAGCCCAAGUUGUCAACAUAGUUGCUUAUUAUGGGGUGUUACAAGAAGUUAUUUUGUUAGACUAUUACGUCCACCAACUUCCAAUCUUUAAAUGCGAUUAGGCAAAUGUUCGCAAUGGAGUAAGGUCUGAAUAAGACUCACUCUUGUUUACUUACAUCAGAGUCAAAACAUAUUUAUACGAGUGCCUUUUCUCCUUGCAUCACAAGCCAAACAGGUGUUUUAUGUCAGAGAACAUGACACAUCAAAUUGGUAUGUCUUAUUAAAGGCACCACCACGAGGAUAUCAUGAUUUGAAGAUGUAUGAUGAGAAUUGUGUCGAUACAGAGAUAACUAUUGAACCACUAUCUACUACAUUAGAAGAAAAAUAUGAAAAUGGUGGACUGACAUAUGCGAGACAAGACUGUGAGGGCAUGCUUAUUUGAAGAACAUUUUUUGGACUUACUGUAUUUUGUUUUCUUGUAAAAGCUUUGUUGUGUAUAGCCACUUUUUGUUGACAUUACAUUGUGAUUGAGGACUUCAUAUAAUGAACCCUCAAUAACAAAUAUUUUGAAUAUUUCUUUUGAAAAGACGUCUUCAUGAAAAUUGAUUUGAAGCUUAGUUAGAUGCUUAAUUGAUUGUUGCUUAUUAUUAACAAGUAAACUCUAUUUAUAAUUGUUUAGUCUGAUGUGUAUGAUUCUUAUAGGUCUAUAUUGAUAGAGACUACAAUUAUAUCGUUGGAUUAUCUAGGUACAAAAUCAUGAAAACGAGAAUGACAGUAAGUAACAACUAUAAAUUGUAAGAGUCCUUAAUUAUAAAACUAUUUAGUGUAUAAUGCUUAUCUUUUUUGUCUUUGAUUUCAGGACAAAGUUGAGAUGAAUAAGCCACCACUUCCAACUAACAAACAUAAGCCAAAUGUCUUGGGAUUAAAUACCAUUAAAAAAAAAGAUCUGGUCGUACCAAACAUGUACGUGAUAGUUGUGAUGAUAUUAGGAAGGAACAAGAUUAUUUAGAGGACAACAUAAUCAAUGUCAAGUCAAGCAAUGCUAAUGAGUUGAAUGUGACUAGAAAAUGUCUAAAAAGAAAGAUAUCUAGCGAGGAAAUGUUGCAUGACCAUCAUAUAGAAGAGUCGAUAGCCCUUAGAGAUGAAUUAUCUACAGAAAUCCACAAUGAAAUAGAGGAUUUGAAUUUGCCCAACCAUGCCUCUCCCCAACCCUGUUCACCCAAUCCUAACGAGAAGACUACUGAUCAUAAUCAUAAAUCAAUACCAACAAUUGAUUCACCAGCUACUCGUACAAGACUGUCACUUCGUAGGCAACAACUAGCAUCUAAUGAAAAUACAUUUGAAAAGGAAGAUCAUGUAACUAAUAAACAACCACCUGAAACAACAGUUUUACCAAAAAGAACAAGAGGCCCUACACGGAUGAAGAAAAUAGCAGUUGAUACAUAGUCGAUAGUGAACUUAACGUUUAAUGAAUAUGGGCAACCAAUUGGGGAUACAUCUGUAGGAUUAGCUUCAUUUCUUGGACCCCUCGUGAGAGAGGUUGUCCCAGUGAAUUUAGAGAAUUGAAAGAAGUUACCUACAAGGUUGAAGGUUGUGUUGUGGAAGUCUAUCAAGGUAUGCAGUUAUUUGGUUUACUUAGUAUGUAUAUUUUUCCUACAAUUUGUGUUAUGUUCUAAACUUUUUAAGUAUUUGAAAUUUUAGUCAAGAUACAAUGUAAAUGAAGAUUGGCAGAAAAAUUAUUUUUUCCAAAAGAUGGGUAGAUUAUGGAGCUUUGGUAAGUCUCAUCUUGUAAAAGCAAUUCGCAAUGCCUCAACAAAAGAUGCAGUUAUGAAACUUAUGCCAGAUAAUAUAGAAUCCGUCGAUGAUUGGAUGGAUUUUGUUGAUGAGAAGACUAGUGCAUAUUUCAUGUUAAAAAGUGAAAAAUAUAAAGCCAUGAAAAAGAAACAACUUCCACAUACAUGUAGCAAGAAGGGGUAUGCUCGUCUGGCCGAAGAAAUGAAAAAAAGUUUCUCAGAUCCAACUUCAAUUACAAGGAUUAAGCUAUGGACUACUGCACAUAAAAAGAAAGAUGGACAACUUGUGAAUGCUGAAGUCGCCGAAACAAUAGAGCUUAUUGAACAAAUUGAGGCUGAGACAAUAACUUCUCCGAAUAGCAUAGCUGAUGAUGCUUUGAGUAAAGUUCUUGGUCCUGAUCGUGGCUAUGUCAGGACAUUUGGAUUUGGUGUAACUCGUUCAAAGUUAUCAAUAUUGUCACAAAAAUAUCAAAAGUACAUAGCGGUUGAAAACAAGUACUUGAAGAUGCAAAAUGAUAUGAUGGAAAUGAAAUCUAUGAUGUCAAGUUUUGUAAUGAAUGAGUCUGUACCAAGUGAAGGAGUUUCAAAUACCAGUGUGCCGACAAGUAGUCAAUCGACCCUCACAACGUCUCCAUCGGAGAUAGUUGCAGAAAAUCGUUGGUCUUCUGAUGAUCCAUCUGCUCUUGUUCAUCAUGUUCCUAUCGGACCACAUGCCGUUAGAGUUUGGGUUGAUGUAUCAAAGAAAGAUGAUGCUUAUUUGUGGAGACCUAAUUGAAAAAGUCGUUGGUAGUAUAGUGGCAUGGCCAAGUGAUAAAGUGGUUACUGGUGAAUGAGAAACCACAUCGAGCAAAUGGAUCAAAAAUGACAACUCAUUUUGUACUCUACGUUGCUUUAUUUACAAAAAUUGAUGAAUUUUACUCAUUUUGUUAGAAGUUACUUUUGGUAGAUAUGUGUAACUUUUUUAUUCCAUAAACUAUUAAACACUUUA